GUGGUAAAUUUGAUGAAAACUUACACAUCAGCUUUAAAGGUGAUACAUCAUCUUGAUAUUCUCUAUCGUGAUCUUCAUAAACAUCUUUUAAAGAAACUUUUAAACAAUAAAGAACUGAUUGAUAAUGGUUUUAACAAAUCAAACUACUUACGAUAAAGUUAAUAAAAUAUGGUGCGGUAAAAAGACACAAUCACGUUUUGGUCCGGAAUCGUCUGUGGGUUCAGUGAUUUAUGAAAGUUUACAAAAAGAUCCAGAUCAUAUAGCACAGAUUUGUUAUCCCUCGGAUAAAAAAUACACUAAUAAAGAUAUAUUAACAUUAUCCAUACGUGUUGCUCAACAUUUGGAACGACUGAAACUUAAACAAACUGAAGUAAUUGGUAUUUGUGCGGGUAAUAGUGAUUUUCUAGCUCCUCUAGUAUUUGGUUGUAUGUUUAGAGGUUUAACUAUCAGCACUUUAGAUCCAAGUUUUGAUAAAGAUGGCAUUAAACAUAUUUAUUCAAUUACAAAACCAAAAAUUAUGUUUUGUGAUGGUUCGGCUUAUCAGAAAGUGAAAGAAUCAUUUGCUGAAUGUGGUUUGACCUCAAAAAUUGUUACAGUACGCGAUCACAUUGAAGGUGUUCCUAGUUUGGAUCGAUUUUUAAAUGAAACUGGAAAUGAAAAUUAUUUUAAAUGUGUGGAAUUAGAAGACGGUUAUGAUCAAACGGCUGUAAUUAUUUGUUCAUCCGGUACAACGGGUCUGCCCAAGGGUGUAUGUGAAUCUCAUGCCAGUAUCUUAAACACGCUCAAACUACCUCCUAGUGGCAGUAUACUUUCCUUUAGUUCCAUUUACUGGAUAUCUGGCAUAUUUGCUCUCAUUACCGGCACCAUUGAGAAUAUGACACGUGUUAUUAGUUAUCAAUCUUAUAAUGCUGAAGAUGCUCUAGAGAUGAUUAAACGUUAUAAUAUUGAACUAUUUCUGGGACCACCAAAUCAAUUGGCUUUGAUGUUAGCUUCGCCGAAAUUCGACAAAGACUAUUUGGCAAGUGUAAAAUUAUAUUUUAUGCUAGGUAGUCCAUUGCCCUUCCAAUUGGUGGGAAAAUUAAAAUCAUACAUACCGGAUGCUUCCAUAUAUGUGGGCUAUGGCAUGAGUGAAACCUGUGGCGGUAUUGCGGGAGGAAUAGCUAUUAGCAAACGUAAUUGUGGACAGUUAUUUGAUAAUAUAGAAAUAAAAAUAAUCGAUGAAAAUGGUAGACACGAGGGGGAGUUGGUAGUUGGUGAAAUAUGUGCUCGCACUCAGUAUAAAUGGUCGGGUUAUUAUGGCAAUCCUCAGGCAACAUCUGAAAUAUAUGACUCAGAACGUUGGGUACACACUGGAGAUCUCGGCUAUGUAGACAAUGGUUGUGUUUUUGUGGUCGAUCGCAAAAAGGAUAUUCUAAAGUACAACAACUUCCAUUUCUUUCCCAAUGAAAUUGAAAAUGUUAUAAUGGGACUACCAGAUGUUGUUGAGGUAUGUGUUUGUGGUAUUCCCGAUGUUGUAACAAAUAAUUUGCCAGCUGCUGCCGUUGUUAAGACUGCCAAUAGUACUUUAACAGAAGAACAGGUCUAUAAACAUGUCACUGUGUUGGCACAUUAUAAACAUUUGCGUGGUGGAGUUUAUUUCGUUGAGCAACUUCCGAAAACAAUAUCGGGCAAAGUACUUCGUCGUAAAGUAACGGAAUUGUGUACGGAGCUGUAUAGAGCAAAAAAUCCAUCAGCAGAAAAUGAUUUUUAAUGCAAGUUUGUGAUAUAAUGUGAAAAUUGUAAGUAAAUUUUACAAAUAAUUAACUGUGUCUAGAUACGUUUAUAUAUAUUUUUAACUAAUCAAGAUUUAUUGAUGUAAAACUGUUAAAUAUAAAUGUUCAUUUUUUAUCUUUAUUAAAAAUCUGGAUAGGUGAAUAGUUAAAAUGUCAGGUUUGUGUUAUAUAUAGGCUAGACUUAAGAUGUUUCUAAAUUAAUUUAAAUUUUAUUUUAUUGAAUUAGUAACCCAGAUGUGCAAUCCAAAUCGAAUUCUAAGAGACCAAACUUAUUUAAAUCAGUUUACUGUGAACAAUGCUAUAAACAUUUAUAGAAAUUUGUAUUUGUUUCGCCAAUGUGACAAUCUAGGGAAAAUAUCUUUAGAUUUGUUGCAUGUGACAUAAUUUUAAAAUAAUAAUCUAAAAAAGUAAUAGUUAUAUAAAAAGCAACUUCAAAAAAAUAAUUGAUAUAUGGCAACUCUCAAUAUAGUGUUUUUUCCAACUAGAAAUAAUUUAUAACUUUAUAAAUCCAAAAUAUCUUGAAUCGGUAAUUGUUAUAACAAUAAAAAAAGUAUUUUUAAAAAGAAAUGGUUUGGCAACUCUGCCAAAAUUAGUUUUUCAACAACUAGAACCAAUUACCAAUCAUAUGACACCGAUAUCAAUCAUUUCAGUAUAAAUGAUGGCAAAAAAAAUUUAAAUCGCUGACUUAGCAACCUUUUCGAAAUAAGUUUUAAAAAAUCCAGUAAUAAUUUCCUAACAUACGGGUACAAAAUUGUUUAAAUCGGUUCAGGAUAUAGUAAUUUAUAGAAAACUUUAAAAUUAUAUCAACAAAA